GUGACGGAGCUAGAGUGUGUAAGCAGUCAAGCCAAUGCAGUCCACACACAUAAAAAAGAAUUAAACCAGACAAUACAGGAAUUAGAAUCUACACUGAGGAAAAAAGAAGAGGAAAUAGGAAGAUUGAAACAAGAAAUCGACAAUGCCAGAGAGCUCCAGGCACAGAGGGAUUCUCUGACCCAGAAGUUACAGGAAGUAGAAAUUCGAAACAAAGACCUGGAAGGACAGCUGUCUGAUCUAGAGAAACGUCUGGAGAAAAGUCAGAAUGAGCAAGAAGCUUUUCGCAAUAACUUGAAGACACUUUUAGAAAUUCUUGAUGGAAAAAUAUUUGAACUAACAGAAUUACGAGAUAACUUGGCCAAGCUAAUAGAAUGCAGCUAAAGGAAAUGGAAUUUCAGUGCCAAUCAGCUUAAAGAUGCACUGUCUCUCUUCAUAGGACUGUGUUGGGCUCUGCAUCAAAGUUGCACAAAAUUAGGAAAUGCUCCUCUAGAGGGCUUGUUUUAAAUUUGAGUCAUAUUUGAGUGUAAAAUUUAGAACUCAGCAUGUAGCUAGUUGAAGAAAAAAACACACAAAAAACUUCAACUACAAAUUACCUCCAUGUACAUUAUUGGCCAUAAAUAACUUGAGAGAUAUUAACAGUAAUUGAAUGCAAUCCUUUUCUAAUUAUUAGUGAUGGAAGAAUUAGCAUUGUCCCAGGUCACAACCCCUUUUUGUUUUAGACACGCUAUAAGUUAUCUGCUGUUUUAUUUAUUUAAUAUAUUUAAUUACUGUGUUUUGUGCAAAAACUUAGUGAUGACAGACCUGCAUUUUGAUGUAAUCCUAAUAAUUUCUCAGGAUACUUUGCACUGUUCUGAAGCAGUGCCAUUACGAAUUUAUACUUGCCAGGAGUGAGAGAGAGUUGCAUCUUUAAUUGAAACAUAGUUACUAUACCUGCUUGUAUUAAGUUCUUCCUUCAUGUUUUUUUGAUUGUUUUCUUUGUUUGUUUGUUUGUU